AUGUCAUUCAGUCGUGUAGUACGUCUCGGCUGUUGCAUCACUGGUACAGCUUUAUUCGGAGCCAAAGCGGCAUGGUCUGCAGAUUGGAGUAGAGGUGAUCAAAAGUUACCAUUUUUUGACCAGUUGAAAAGUUUAGCGAACACCUUCAAUAAAAUAUUUCCGUCAAUACUAAGUGCUCGUGCUAUCUGUAGUGAAAAUGUCAGUAUACAACCAUGGGACUGGGACUGGGAUGGGAGAAAUCCCUCUAACUUUCGGACAGAUUCGUCUUUACAAGGUGAAAUAGUGACACCAAAAUGUACACGGCAUCUUCUGUUUAUUCGUCAUGGCCAAUAUUAUUAUGCAAAAGAAGAUUCUGACUGCCAUUUGACAGGGCUUGGGCGCCAGCAGUUGGACUGUACUGGAAAACGUUUACGAGAACUCAAUUUUCCAUAUAGAAAAUUAUAUUAUUCGACAAUGACACGUGCUGUUGAAUCAGCUGAGUUGGUAUUAAAUCACCUUCCCAAUGUUCAAGCAGAACCCUCAGAUGCUAUACGUGAAGGCGCUCCUUACAUUCUGGAGCCACCCCUCGCAUAUUACAAACCCACACCAAAAGAUAUAGAAGAAGAUGGUUCCCGCAUUGAACUUGCGUUCCGAAGACACAUACACCGUGCAGAUGUAGGACAGGAAGCCGACACAGCUCUACAGUUUCCACCUGAAGCUUGGAUAAGAUUUUCCCUCGAUCACGGCAGUAUAACGUGGCUUGUCAUCCGGCCUGACGGGCGUGUUACAUUAAGAUGUUUAGGAAACUCAGGACAUAUGCCCCCUGAACUUAUUUCCGUACAGUAA